AAAAAAAAAAAAAAAAAAAAAAAUCCGGUUAGACUUGCGAAAAACCCAGGGAAAAAAAUGAUAUAAGAAGCCGAGAUUGGAUUGGUCCUUUUGUUCAAUUCCAAUUCCUUUCUACCAACGAGCGAGGGAAUGAAGAAAGAAUAGCCAAAUAGAAAAUGAGAUAUGCAAAAUGGAAAUACGACAGGCUGAUUAUUGUCGUUCGUUUCGGGACAACACCUUUGCGACUGUGAUGCUGGUUGUGCCAGUCUGACGGGACAGCGUUGUGGAGAAGCAGGACGCAACCUGGUGCAUGGAGGCUACAAUAUGUAAUAAUACGCAACUGGGUAGUUACAGGCGUUCUGCAAAAAGGCCAGUGUUUCUGUCACGGUUGUAAGCCGUAAUGCAAAGGCAAUACCCACCUUUAUUUGCUUCUUCCCCGGCAAUUUGGAAAAAUAUGGGCUCUAACUGGGAAAAGGGGCCUACUGAAGAUCGUUUUCUGUUGCUUCUUUCUGUGGCCUGGUACGUUCCAUACGGGCCAAUUUUUAUUAUUAUUAUUAUGACACGCCCUGGUACGGAGUAGCUCUGCUUAUAUUAAUAUGCGACGGCCCUCCCAGCGUCUCACCUGGACUUCUUUUAGUUUUCUUUUUUCUUUUUUCUUUCUUUUUUACUUCUCUUCAUUCACUUCUCUUCAUUCUUCUCAUCCAGGCACCUGAGGCUGAAGCUCUCCUUCCUUCCCUUCCUUUCUCACCCUCACUCAUACUAUACUCAUCUUUCUCUUCCGCUGUUAACCUCCCUCACGGUCUUUUGAUUUCGGUUCCGCUACAUCAAAUUGCCCUCCUACAGCUUACUGCCCGUGCCUCGGCUUGCCCUCCUUUUUCCCUCUCGCCGAACGACCCUAAAUCAACCUACUGUUUCUAGAAAACGAGGCAUCGUCCAUUUCGCAAAGGAGGCAGUAUACCCACCCGCUAUACACGUUCGGGCGCAUUGCACUUGCUCUCUCCCGCUCUCUCGAUCUCUCAAGGAUUGCCCUACUGGACUUCAGGAGAUCGUUUUAGGAAUACGACGUACGACGGCACUACCAAUUGAUUACGAGGUUAUAUAGCCUUCCGUUGCAUUCCUACCUCGUGCUAUCGUCUUCUGUGAAAUCAAUACCCUUGUUGGACUUGUUCAGCCGUGAUUGUGAUUUUGACAACCCUCAAUCAAGUCUGGGUAGUUAGUUUUUCCGUUGGUAGCUCAUAGAUUUUGCCUAUGAUCCUCAGGGACUUUUCUACUACAAACAUGGGAAGAGGCGCGUAUGAUACAACCGGCGUGCCCAAGCCGCAGCCUCCUCCUAAACCACGAUGACCUGGCAACUCGGUGCAAAAGAUGGGAUGCAUACAACCAACAACAUAAUCUACCACUUCAUCAGCUCCGCCACCUCCGUACCGCUCUGUAUGCGCCUAGUCACUGUAUGCUCCGGGCACCAAGUACACGUACAGUUACGGAUGGCAUUCACUCCCGUAUCGCAUCGUCUCGUCCUCUCUCCCAGCCUCUCGUCUACCAUUGAACAACACAUCCUCCAAAAUAAAAAGAUAAAAAACUACUUUCGAUUUCUACUAUGUUCUUGGCCAUGCACAUGUCGGUGCCCGAUGUCAGCAGAACGCGAUUCACAUUUACCCCAUAUACUUUUUUUCCUAAUAAUAACCGGAGACCGGUCUGUACCAACACCAUUAUGACGUUCUUAUAUCCCUCGUUAUCGUUCGAUUCCCCCUUAUUUGCGAUCUUGCUAGCGUUUUGUACGGCAUCCCCGUCUCGAAAUUGAUUCGAUAAUACCAUGGGAACGACCCUCAUCCAGCUUGCUUUCCUUCUCUGUUUCGUUUCCAUUUCCUUGGGUCCCUAAAAGAGCGACACUGCAGAGUGCUUCUUCUCUUUAUUUCCUUACUUAUAUUUUAAUAUUGUUUUCUAUCUUUUAUUUUUUCCAUUUUUGUUCGUUUUUGAUUAUCUGGCGUUAAGAAAAAAAUUAUAGACAGGGAACAUAUUUUACGGCUAUGGGAGAUAUACUACAAGACCUAGAUUUUCGACUUCGCGGUCCUAUCGUUCUUAUUGUGUUUUCAUACCCCCCUUUUUCUCUUUUUUCUUUUGUUAUACCUUUUUGAAAUUUAUGUUAGUUAUGUUAUUAAGCCUUUGUGUAGGCUAUUAUUUUCUCCUUUUGAUUUAUACCAGACUUGCGUGUACAACUACUACUCUAUCAUGGCGAACACAGGUUUUGACCUUUUCAUGCAUUAUACUUGUGCUUUGUGUUAAUCAAUGACAGCUAGACCUGACAACAUCAAUAACCUAAUUAAUCAUAAUUAUCAGCGCGGCGCCAGGGAAAAAUAGCUACUUAUCGUUGGUUCAUUGUACAUGAUGGAUAGCUUUGCAUGUGAAAGUCUUGUGUGCUUGUUGUACGUACCUGGAACUUUGAAAAAGGAGCUUUUUGAUUCGUUUCUAGGGGCGUUGACUUGUACUAUUCAUCAUCCCCAUGCUCCCUUUUAUUCCCCCUUUUUUUUACGCCUGCCUCUCCGAGACACGUAUCACGAUUCCUUUCUCUAUGCUCAAGUUUUCAAACAUGCGCCCGAUGAGGACUGGUCGGGGUGUUUCUCUUUCUGUGUUUGGCCGCUUUCCGUCGCAUAGUCCAAACCUUAUCGUGGUUCCGAUUGGUUUUUCUCACUUUUAUAAGGUGGGGAAGCUCCACGUAACUUGGUGCUUGGGGCUUGGGGGGUCCCUUUCAUGUAUCUUUUCUUUUUCGUCGUCCUGCGGCCUGUCCAGAUGGUUGUUUCCCGCCUGUGCCAUGGGUGUCUGUGUCUGUGUCUGCCUUACAUUCCAGAGGCUCUCGCUCCUGUUGAUGUCCAUCCACUGUUCGGAUGGAUGGAUCACCGCUCACGACCCAGAGGCCAACCAAUUAUUCCAUGAUGGGUAGCCAGCCUUCCCGUGGACUUGCCAUUGUCACUUUGCCUGACAACAAAUUAAGACAAAAUCUAUGAUGACAUACAUGGUUGCUUUUAACAUCAGCGUUGAUUCAUUCUCCCGUGCUACCCGCUCGGCUUUUCAUUUCUAUUUCUAUUUCUAUUUUUAGAAAAGCUGCAUACAUGAACGAAUUGUGAAUGAUAGUUAUGUAUACAGAGUACAGGGAGAUAUAAUCGUAUAUCCCGUUCGCAACUAUGCUGUGUCACAGUGUCAACAUAGUUAUGAAGAGGGAUCGGUCACGCAAAAAUAACAUAGAAGUUUCUGUGCAUGAAGAAGCCACAUGUUUAUUCUUCUUGCCUCUUCUGUUUCUCCUAAAUAAAUUUCCGGACACUUA